UCUCUGUUUGUCUCACGCAGGAACGCUCUUGUCACUACAGUCUGAUCUUGCAUACGGCAUCUUCGCUUUCAAUUGAGCCGAUUUCGGACACAAUCCCUCAGUUUUAUCUGCAUUGGACCUCGAAACUCUGCAAACUCCUGCACAUUUUUCAAGCUUGAAGAAACCCAUACGAGGAAAUGUCUGAGAGACAAACUCUCGACCAGCAACACCAAGUUGAUCCCCAGCUGCAAUCUCCGCAGCCUCCAAAGGAAGAUAUGCUGGCUUGCGUUACUGCACUGGAGGAAGCUUUGCUGCCAUGCCUGCCAGCAAGAGAGCUUCAGGCUAUAGACCGCUCUCAACAUCCUUCACAUCAAAUUGAUGUUGAGAGGCAUGCUAGAGAUUUUAUGGAGGCUGCCAAAAAACUUCAAGUUUACUUUAUCAGCCUUCAGCGUGAGGAUCAGCCAACCGAGGCUGAGAAGCUUAUGAAGGAGAUAGCUAUGAUGGAGGAAGAACUAAAAAUAAAGACCGAGCUCAUCAGGAAACAGGAGAGACUGAUCCAAGGGUGGAGGAAGGACUUGAAGGACCAAUUGGACAAAAUCAACUGUGAACUUGAGAAGGUAUAGGCAAUUUCCGGUGGACUCCGUCUGUGCCCAAUUUGUAGGUGGACAAAAGAUGGAUUGCUUUUUCUGCUCCUGGUUAUCUUGACAUGAAAAGAAUUUUAUUAUUUGCCUCA